AAUUUGGGAGGAUUCCAUCUUUUUCGAUUGUUCUGAAUAGUUUGAGAAAAAUUGGAGUAAGUUCUUCUUUAAAUGUCUGGUAGAAUUCAGCAGUGAAUCCAUCUGGUCCUGGGCUUUUCUUUGUUGGGAGGGCCUUUAUUACUGUUUCAAUUUCUGUCUCAGUUAUGGGUCUGUUUAGGUUUUCUAUGUCUUCCUGGUUCAAUUUAGGUAGGCUGCAUGUGUCCAGGAAUCUAUCCAUUUCUGAUAGGUUUCCCUGUUUGCUGGCAUACAAGUCCUUGUAGUAAUUUCUGAUGAUUCAUUUUAUUUCUGUGGUGUCUGUUGUUAUGUUUCCUUUUUCAUCUCUGAUUUUAUUGAUUUGGGUCUUUUCUCUUCUUUUUUUAGUUAGUUGGGCCAAUGGUGUGUCAAUUUUUUUAAAUUUUUCAAACAAACCAGCUCCUCAUUUGGCUGAUUUUUUGGAAUGUUUUUCUUGAUUCAAUCCUGUUGAUUUCUUCUCUGAUUUUAAUUAUUUCUCUUCUCCUACUAGAUUUGGGUCUGGUUUGCUGCAGUUUUUCUAGUUCCUUGAGAUGCAUUGAAAGCUCAUUUAUUUGGUAUGGCCAUGACUUCUUUUCACACAUGGAAACUUUACAUGGGUUUGUAAGAUCUGUGUGCCUACUAUUGAUACAGAAGGGAGAAUAUGUCACCAGCAACUCUGAAAGGCCAACUCACAAUCCCUGGAAAAGAUCUGGCGGGAACAAGCAGCUUUCCUAUGGUUCUUAUUUCUGGGUCCUAUACAAAAGGAGGAGUGCUUUUUCUUAGAAGUCCUGGCUGAAAGCUGCGUAUUAAAUUCCAGUCAACAAUGGUGAGCACUUUUAUGGAGCUUAUUUUGCACCAAGCAUUGUUUUAAGUGCUUAAUGUAUAGUCAUGUAUUGAAUCUUCUCAACAAUUUUGUAAUGAAGGAACUGUAUAUAUCCCCAUCACACAGAUGGAGAAAUGGAGAGGUUAAACAAACCACCCAAGCAUACAUAGGUGGGCAGACUUGAAGUUUGUAUCUUUGACAUUUUUAAAAUGCUGUGUACUAAAAACAUCUUUAGAACAUGCAAAACCAAGUCCAGCUGGCUUUUUUUCCCCUGGAGAAGCUGUUCUGUAGCUGUUUUUCACAGACCACUUGGGAUCUAACUCUAGAGGUCACAAGGAUGCAGGAAGGCCUCUUCCAACUUGUCAGGGAAAGGGAAUUUUUUUUAAAGUAAUUUGACUUCUUGCUGUUUACAUAUAACUCACAGCUUUAUGAAACCUUGGGGAAACUGAGAACCAAAUAGCUUUCCUUUGCUUCCCUAAUUUGGAAGGUGAGUUCUUGGCAUAUUGGUGCCUUUCUCCAUGGUAUUUUUGAGUCCAUGUUGGAUUCUGAGUUUCCUGUGGCACUAGAUAGGCAAGUGACCUUAGAUAUGGCAAGACAGAGUCGCUGUGCUUUUUAUGCCCUGUCUAUGAAGUUGCACUCCCACUUCCUCUGUAUGCCAUUUGUUAGAAGCAAAUCACUAAGUGUAGCCCACAGUAAAGAGGAGGGGAACCAUCUCUUUAAAAAAGCAGUAGGAAAGAAUCCUGGACAAUUUUUUUUGACAGGCAGAGUGGACAGUGAGAAAGAGAGACAGAGAGAAAGGUCUUCCUUUUGCCAUUGGUUCACCCUCCAAUGGCCGCCGCGGCCGGCACACCGUGCUGAUCCGAUGGCAGGAGCCAGGUGCUUCUCCUGGUCUCCCAUGGGGUGCAGGGCCCAAGCACUUGGGCCAUCCUCCACUGCACUCCCGGGCCACAGCAGAGAGCUGGCCUAGAAGAGGGGCAACCGGGACAGAAUCUAGCGCCCUGACCGGGACUAGAACCCAGUGUGCCGGUGCCGCAAGGCAGAGGAUUAGCCUAUUGAGCCGCGGCGCUGGCCUAAAAAAGCAGUAGGAAAGAAUCCUGGACAAGUUUUAAAGCAACCACAAUCCUCCUAGAACUUAGAUUAGCAAAUGAAUUUCCCUCCUUGGCAAAGAACUUGUUGAACUAUUAUCACUUACUGGUUAUUUACCUUUCCCAUUGACUUGAGCUACCUAAUUUUCUCAUAUCAAUAUAUAGAUAGAAAAGAGCCUAUUAUGGACCACAUUAUAUUUAUUUACAUUGACCUGUUAUUGUCAUAUGCAAGAAAUUUUAAUUACUGAAGUAUUCAUAAAACUUUAAGCCAGGUUACAAACACUUCUAUCUUUUAGAGUGACUAUAAUAUGGUAUACUAAGUGUAACAAUAAAGUAGUAGCAAGCUGAGGAAUAGGGGGAGGUGGUUAGUAAUGGCUUCCCAAAAAAAGGACGCUGACACCGUCUAUCCUUGAGUGCAGUAGCAAGAGAGGGAUACAAGCUGUGGCUCAGGGAAGGCCUUGGUCAUGCUGAGAGUGAAGUGAACUAGAGUGAGUGUAUAUUGAUGAAUUGAUGGUAGCAAUUGAUGGUGUGGAUGGAUGGCAGGGGAUGGAGUUGGGGUGGGGAAGAGUUCAAUACACAGGACUUGACGACAAAUCAAAUAGGGGAAGGGGCCAAGAAUUACAGCUGAACUUCAUCUUUUGUUAGAAUCCCAAACUCUCAGCUUGUGAAGUAUAGUGUACUAUCUGAUUAAAGAGUUGAAUUGUGAAUACAUCAUCAUCUGUAUUCCAUAGAGAUGGCCUGUGGAACAGUCCAAGACAAAACAAGAAGAUGGCCUAUGGCAGCCAGCACUGUGGCAUAGCAGGUAAAGUCACUGAGUGUGAAAUACUGGUUUGAGUCCUGGCUGCUGCACUUCCAAUCCAACUACUGGCCUAGAAAAAACAGCAGAAGAUUGUCCAAGUACUUGAAACUUUGCUACCCAUGUAGGAGAUGUUGGUGAAACUCUUGGCUCCUGACUUCAGCCUGGCCCAGCCCCAGCCCCAGCUAUUGUAGCCAUCUGGGAAGUGAAUCAGUGGGAUGUAAGAUUCUCUCUCUCUCUCUCUCUCUCUCUCUCUCCUCUCUCUGUAACUCUUUCACAUAAAUAAAUCUGAGAGAAAAAAGCAGCAGCAGCAGAGCAAAAAGGUGGCAUGUGAGACUGGCAGGAGGCACAGGCAUCACAUAUAAACAUAUCUAGGACACUUGCUAGGACCAGGGUGAGGUUUAUGACUAAAGCAAGGAAGAGACAUGCUCUGAGCUGAGUAGUUUGCCCCUGAUAUUGGGACAGAGCCACAGAGCCACUAAAGCUGAUGCUUGGUUCCAGGACCUCUUUCUUCUACCUUGAGAAAUUUCAGUUCAGCUAUACAUGGAGUCCAGAGCAAAAUAUCCUCCCCCAACCCCAUGAAACAGAGAAACAGGAGGAAGAAGGGUAACAUCUGACAAUUAAAGUAUUAAAUGUCAGGCAUAAUAAAGAGAAGCAACUUUUGAGAUAAUAAGCCCAGAAACUAUCUUCAAAUAUUGUUGAGUUAAUAAACACCCCAAACUCCCAAAGAAGCCAAGAGUGUAGACCUGGAUCAGGAUUUUCUUGGAACUGUGGCUGAUGUUAUUAUUUGCCUCUCCAGUGGACAUUCCUAACUCUCUUCUUGGUGAACACAGCCCCAGAUUGUAAGAGGCAGAAAUAUACCCAUACCAAUCAUAAUGGGUGUAAGACCACUAAGCACAAUGACCCUCAUUCUCCUUUUCCAGAUGCACAUCUUCUUUGGCCCUUGGAGUCAUAGGAAGCCAGUUUAGUCAAAGGUGAUCAGUUUGGGCUAUUGAGAUGUGUAGAGAACUCUACUGUAGAUUUUAGGAGUUUGUUUUAAAUAGAAAAAAGAAAAUUAGGGUAUAAGAAUUGAUUGGCACUGCCUCUUCCCUCUUCUUCCUGCUUAGGUUCCUGGAUACCUGGAGUUCCUUUAGUCUUAUAAUUAUGAAGCAACACACAGGGAGAUCCACAGGCAUGCUGGGGAUGAUGAGAGCAGGUUAGGAAGUUGAGGUAUGCUAACCAACUUUAUGCAUAAUUUUGGGUCACAGGGAUCACAGGUAUUUGGUAAAACCUAAUUCUGGGUUUCUGUGAGGGUGUUUCUAGAUGAGAUUAACAUUUAAAUCAGUAGACUGCAUCAAGCAGAUUGCCCUCCCUAAAGUGGAUGGCCCCAUCCCAUAAGCUGAAGGCCUAAAAAAAAUAAAAAGGCUUACACACACCCCACAUUCAUGCAAGAAUGUUCUUCUUGCCUGACAGUCUUGGAACUAGGAACUGAAAUGUACCCUCUUCCUGGGUCUCAAGCCUACCAGCCUCCAGAUAACCACUACAUCACUGGCUGUCCUGAGUCUCUGAUUACUGACUCUCUGUGCAGAUCUUGGAAUUCACUGGUCUUCAUAACCUUAUGAACGAAUUCCUUAUCAUCUCUGUCUCUGUUUCCCACAUCUCUCUCUCUCCCCCUCCCGCUGACUUCCAUAUAUGUUAUUUGUUUUGUUUCUCUGGAGACUCCUCAUUAAUACGUGGGUAAUCUUGUAUCUCUAUUGAUGCUGCUGGUCUGCUGCAGCAGACCUGACCUACCCAUGUCCAUUCUUUUGACAAGGACAAAAAUUAAGUGUCUUUUUUGUUCUAGCCAUUUAGUCAGUCUUUUGUUUCUUCCAAUAAAAAAAUAUUCCUAAUGGUCCCUAGUUAUUGCACUAACUCUUCUCCAGUGCUCAACUGAGGCAUAAAAACCAAUCACCCUAGGACUCCAUCCUCCAAAAAUGUUUUAACAGCUCUGGGUAGUGCCUAAGAAUGCAUUUGUUAUAAACUUCCCAAAGAAUUGUUAGCCUCUGAGAAUCCUGGACUGCAGAAAAGAGGGAGAUAGCAAGCAUGAUAGUUAAAGAUAGAACAUAUAUGUUUAAAAGAACAAGAUAAAAGGCUAAAUUUACUUCAAAUGGUGUAGCUAAAUAGUAUUCUAAAUGGGCAAAAAUCUAGAAAGAAAUUCAAAGUGUUGAUCAGUUGCUUCAAAGUGAUGUGAUUUUGACUUUUUUGUUUGCUUGCUUUUCAUUUCCUUUACAAACAAAUCUCUCCUUAUUCCUGUGUGUGGUUAUGCAGGAAGAACCAAUAUGACCAUCAGACAACUAAUUCAGUUUCCCAAUUACCAAGGAAAAUCAAAAGGACUAUCUACAAGCUUCUCUAUGGAAAUAGUUCAGCCUUUGACACAUGUUUUCUCACCAUAAAUUAUUAAAUUAACACUUAUGUUGAUAUAUCAGCUAUGUAAGGAUAGGAGAGCAGCACAAAGAGGAGAUAGAAUAGGGACUCCAACCAGACAGGCUUAUUUAGAGAAUAAACCUGAGAGGGGCUCACUGCAGAGAGCACACUGGGCAAACACAUGGCAGAGAGCAGAGCCCCUUUACAGGCUGGAGCUUAUAGUAGAGGAAGCCGAGGGCCGUGGUGGGGAGGGUGUUGGGUAGUGAGCCCCUGGCACUGGCUUUUCAAACUUGGCUGGCCUUCCUCUCUGUGGACUGCUUGGUUGGAGAAGAAAGCAGGGGGAAGGGAAGUCCCUUGUGGGAGGGGAGGAGUUGGAUCUACUUUAAGUCAUUUAGGCAAAGAACUAAAAUGGCUCUAUGUCAAGCUGUGAGUCAGAUAAGAACAAGAUUCAGAAUCUUACAUCUAGACUCUAGCUUGAGGCCAGGUAAGACCUAGAAACAGGGAAGAUUGUACACAACAUCCCCACUAACUGCAACGAACGUCAGCUAAGCACCUACUACAUCACAGAUGGUCUCAUUUAAUCUCUAGGACAACCAGAACUGGACUGGCAACACAGGUUGGGUCAACACAUGACUUUGUUAGGAAUUACACCACUAAUCUCAAAGGUGCAGACUCAGGUGAAAAAAAAAAAAAAAAAACAAGACAAAACGUUGGAGAAAAUGUUAAAACUGCAGAAGUAAGAAAAUGUUGGGAGAACAGAAGCUUGGUGGUGGGAGCGGGUGGGAGGUGCAAUCUGAGACUGCAGGUAACCAGUGCUCCCUAGCCUGCUAAAGGACCUGUUACAGCAUCAGCAAGAUUGAUCUCUUCUUCAGAUGCAUCACCCAAAGAAGGCAAAAUUCAAAAAUCUCUCCUGUGCUUUAGCCCUACCUAAUCCUAUAACCUUUCAGGAAUAAAACUUUAAAAAUCUGAGCUGAAGAAGGGAAAUUGCAAUGCAGUUAUCAGAGUAGGGUUGGAGGAUUGUCUUCACUACCCAUCCAGCUCUCUGCUAAUGAACCUGGGAAGGCAGAGGAAAAUGGUCUAAGUGCUUGGGCCCCUGCACCUACAUAGGAGACCUGGACAGAGUUUCAGGUUCCUGGUUUCCAUGGGCCAGGGUAUCAGGGCCAUUUGGGGAGUGAACCUGCAGGUGGAAGAUCUCUUUCUCUCCCUCUUUCUCUGUCACUGUAUUUUUCAAAUAAAUUAUUAUUUUUAAGUUAAAAUGUUGACACUCCAUGCUGUCACUGGGAAAUUUCUCUAGGACCAGCUAAAGCAGGCCUGAAAUGCCAGGUUCUGUUCCUGCCUGGCUCCAGUCCUAUCACUGCUGGCCUCCAGGACUUGCAAAGAAGCUUCCAGCUGGGCCCACUCCAACCAGCAAAGAUCACAGGCAUCACGGAAGGCUCUGUUAUGUCCCGGAGGACAAGCCAGAGCCCUACCCUCUUCAGCCCUUCACCCUCCCUCGCCAGCUGUUCCCUCCCUGUACCCUCUAGUAAAUUCAGGAGGGCUGGCGCGCGACCCCUACCAUGGACCUGCACCCAGACCCGCGCUCCCGGCCCUGCGAAUGUGGAGCAAGGCAAACGGGUUGCCAUGGCAUAAAGCACAAGAGCACCUCCGUCACAGUUCACAUUGGGUGCUAGGAGAGUGAGUGGACCGAGGCUCCCUGGUUUGGUUGCCCUGCUGUCUUCUACACUAUGCAGGUUGGAUCUCUGGUAGUUUCUCUCAGUGAGGAUUGCUCCUAAUUAAACCGCGAAUUCGGGAUGGCUGUGCGUAGUUAGAAAAGGACUGAAGUCGUCAAAAGAUGUAGGCCGCCACUUUCUGAGUUAGGCCUUGUAGAAAUGACGACAUAUAAACGUGGUUCUUCACGCAAAAGAACUACGGAUUCUUGGAGAAAUGACUGAUUCUGGGUAUGGAGAGGAACCGGGCCUGAUCCACAGAGCACAGAGGCUCCCAGUGAGCCUGUUUCAAGAAGACAAGUAUUUGCAGUGGACCGCAACACACCUAAUACGUUUAAAUCCACAAACCCCGAAUGGCGCUGAAAACUCCUAAUAACCGCAUUGUCAAUCCUAUGGAGGGUGCUAAGGAAUCGCCUCAUUAUUUUAAAACUAGGAAAACAGAAAGUGGAGAAAAAUCAAGCAUUUUUCCCAUAUCUGAAUACAAUCAAAUAUUUUGAGGCGCUCUUAUGAAACUUUCCUGAUAAUCAGUGAGGCCAAUGGCAGGUGAUUGGGCCAGAAAACCGUGUCAAGGCCUUCGUGGGGCAGGACACAGUGUUCUCCUGCUCUCUCUCUCCUGAGACAAAUGCAGAGUUCAUGGAAGUGCGGUUCUUCAAGCAACGGUUCUCUGCCAUAGUCCACCUCUACCAGCAUGGAAAAGACCAGGAAAAUAAGCAGAUGCCAGACUAUCAAAGAAGAACUGAGUUGGUGAAGGACGGCAUUGUAAAUGGGCAAGUGUUACUGAGGCUAAAGAAAGUCAUUCCCUCAGAUGCUGGCUUGUAUGGAUGCUGGUUCAGCUCUCAGACUUAUGAAGAUGAGGCCACCUGGGAGCUGGAGGUGUCAGACAUGGAGAUGACUUUAACUCCUCUCAUUUCUGUGAUGAGAUAUGUUGAUGGAGGCAUCCAGCUACACUGUCAGUCCUCUGGUUGGUUAUCCCAGCCCAUAGUGAGAUGGAAAGGCUCAGAAGGAAAUGAUUUACCUUCAGACUCAAAAGUUAUUAGAAACAUGCAUGGCCUGUUUGAUGUGGAGACAUUCCUUACAGUCAGAAAAAAUUCUGGAAGCAUAUCAUGUUCCAUCCAACUCUCUGACAAGAGUCUAGAAGUGAAAGCCAGGAUAUUCAUUGGAGAGCUCUUUUUCCAGCAGUCACCCUGGCUUUUUGUCUCUACUGCACUGAUUAUUAUCUGCUGUGCUGUAUUCUGUAUUCUACUUUGGAUGAGAAUCUCAUUCUCCAGAUCCCGGGAGAAACUUCAGAAAGAAUUGAAAGAACUAAGAGAACUAAAACAACACCUGGAACCAGUUUCAGAGUGGUGAAGAUGCACAGAAGAGCAGAAUGGAAGGAAGCCCAGAAAAAUGCAGAUACAAGGGACCAGCAUUGUGGCACAGUGGGCUAAAGUCCCAGCCUGUAGUGCCAGGAUCCCAUAUGGGUGCCAGUUCAAGUUCUAGCUGCUCUAUUUCAGAUUCAGGUCCCUGCUAAUGUGCCUGGGAAAUCAGCAGAGGAUGGCCCAAGAUCUUGGGCCCCUGCACCUACAUUGGAGACCUGUAAGAAUCUCUUGACUCCUGGCUUUGUAUUGGCUCAGCUCAGACCGUUGAGGCCACUUUAGUGAACCAGCAGUUGAAAGAACUCUCUCUCUUUCUGUCUCUAUCUCUCUUUGUAACUUUGUCUUUUGAAUAAACAAAAAUAAAUCUUAACCAAAAAACAAUGCAGGUACAAAUGGAUGAAUGGGUGACAGUGGACAGAGGCUUGGGUGAACAUGGGAGAGGGAGCAGACUACUGAAAGACAUGGGAGUUACUUAAUGCAGGUUCUCAUGAACUUCAGAUAAUGAAUCUGUGAUCAACCCCAGGGUACAGACAACCUCAGACAUACUUCUCAACCUAGAUCUAGAAGGUGAGAUCUUCAGCCUGGGUGUCAAUCACAGUAAAAUCUCCAGGAAAUUGAAGGGACUAGCUACUAGCCAGGAGAAAAUACGUGAAAUUGGGCAGGACCUGACAGAUGGGAGAAUGUUGGAUAGCAAGGUCAUCCAAACUCCCACAAAGUAAAAUAAAGGGUUUAUAUGAGGGAUAGUGGUAGGGUUAGGGUGAUAUUCAGGAAUUUAUGAGUUCAUAGCUGGACUUCUCCAGGAGCUGGUGAGUACCUGGCCUGCACUGAAGAUAAAGUAAGGGUCUGAAUGGCCUGUGUCCAAAGCAGACUAUCUCCUGGACUUCAUCUAAUCCCAACAUGAGUCAGCAUGCAACAGUUUGAGUCCCUCUCCCACGCAGUAAUUUAUGUUCUUUCUCUUUCCUUUGAUUUGACCAUUGAGUAUAACUUUGCAGGGAGAUACAACUUAUCCACAAUUCUAUAUUUCUGAUCUUAGAUUUGUAACCUAUAAGAAUAAGAGAUGUAUAAGGAAGUGGGUGGUGACUGUGGAGAGUUUUCAAGCAGGGGAACAUUACUGGGAAGUGAGUGUGGUACAUAAUGAGCAUAGUACUUGGGAGUGUGCUGAGAAGAUUUGGACAGGAAAGCAAGGAAUGUGACUUUAUCUCCAGACAAUGGGUACUGGGUCCUUGGACUAGAGACAGGACAUUCAUAUUUUGUAAUUAACCCUCACAGAAUCAACCCCUUUCCAACACUCCCCCUUACAUGAGUGGGGGUUUUCCUGGACUACAAUGGUGGGAUCAUAUCCUUCCUCAAUGUAAAUGAUAAGUCCCUGAUUUUACCCUGAAACAUUAAUUUAAAGGCUUAUUGAGACCCUUCAUCCAAUGUGAGGCCUGUGAUAAGGAAAAUAUGAUUCCAUAGCCAUCUGAGGAAUGACUACCAUAGUUAUUUUUGUGAAAAGACAGAGAAUUCCCCUUCUGAGUGUCUCCAAACCUUCCCAUGUAGGAAAAUGAGAGCCCUCCUUACAAGUGACCAUGGCAUUCAUCUGCAGGAAUGACGCCCAGAGGGAAUAAUUAUUCUCUCUCACCAUUAGGCUACUAAAGUUUAUUUCCUGGACUCAUAGUCUUGCACAUGUACCAACAGUGUUCCACUGUUGGUGGAAAUGUAAGCUAGUAUAGCCAUUGUCAAAGAUGGUAUGGCAAGCCUCAGCAAGAUGAAAAUAGAUCUACCAUAUGACCCAGCCAUCCUUAGCCUGGGAAUUUACCCAAACAAAAUGAACGCAGCAUAUGAAAGAGUUAUCUGUACCCCCAUGUUCAUUGCAGCUCAAUUUGUCAUAGCUAAGAUAUGCAAUCAACCUGGAUGUCCAUGAACUGAUGACUAGAUAGAGAAAUUUAUAUAUAUAUAUAUGUGUGUGUGUGUGUGUGUGUGCAUGUGUGUAUGUAUAUAUGUAGGAACAUUCCUCAGCCAUAUAAAAGAAUGAAAUCCUGUCUUUUGCAAUCAAAUGAAUGCAUCUAGAAUUCAUCACACUUAGUGAAAUAAUCCAGCACCAAAAAGACAAAUGUCGUAUUUUUUCUCUGAUUUGUGGUAACUAUUAUAGUACCAAAGAAUAUAAUCUGCAUGAAUGAAAUUGAUAGUUUCAGAUUUGAUGGUUGUUUACAGCCCUUGCAUUUACUGUUGAGAAGCAGUUUUAUUCUUCUUAAUAUUUGGUGAAAUCUUUUUUUAGUGUAGGGUUAAUUUCAUGACUGUAAAAUAGAGUAGAUAACUGUAAAAAUUAAAGGAGGGAAUCAUAAAGGAAGGAAGAAGGAGUAUGAGAGCCUGGAAAAUAUCACUAUGCUCCUAAAACUGUAUAUAUGAAAUGCAAGAAACUUGUUCACCUUAAAAAAGUUUAAAAUAAAAUUCUUAUGAAAAAAGAAAAAGAAGGACCUUUACUUCCCUUGGUCAGUGGGGAAAUUUUCCAGUUACACAGUUGAUUUUUUAUCCACCAGCCCACAUUCUGCAGUCAUUUGAGAAAAUAUUGGAGUUGGGGAGGAGAGGAGCAGGAGAAGCCUUUUCCUCAACAAAGUCCAUUUCCAUACAAGGGGUGCUGGAGGAGAUGGAGUGAAAAUCCAUGCCAAACUUACAAGCAUAUGGGUGAAUCCCUUUCUGUUAAGGAAGAAAGCAAAGUAGAGCUGCUUUUAUGGGGUCAGCACUGGCACAGUGAGUUAUGCAAGCCUGCUGGACAGACAAUACACAUGGGCUCCAGUUUGAUUUCUGGAUGCUCUACUUCCCAUUCAGAUCUCUGCUAAUGUGCCUGGGAACACAGUGGAGGACAGCCCUAGUCCUUGGGCCAUGAACCCAUGUGGGAGACCCAGAAGAAGCCCUUGGCUCCUGGCUUUAGCCUGGUCCCUCCUCAGUCAUCAUGGCCUUUUGGUGAAUGAACCAGUGGGUAGUGGGUGGAAGACCUCCCUCCCCCAACCUGUGAGUGUGUGUGUGUGUAACUUUGCCUUUCAAAUAAAUAAAUCUUAUUUAAUAAAAAAUAACUG